AUGGAAUACCCCGUUACACCUAAAGAGAAAGGGAGCGAUCAUUGGGCAUCGUCCAGAGCUCAGGUGGAGAAUUUGGGAUCACUUGAUGUUGGAACAAGGAACUCGAUUUCAGAGGAUAUGUUUAAUAACAUUUCUGAGCUUAUGAAUUUUGAUACUUAUGCUGGAUGGUGCAGUCCAGCAGCAAUGGAUCAGAUUUCAGCCUCUUUUGGCGUGCCAUCAUGUCCAUCAGUGACCUAUGCGCCUUUGGACGCCUUGAACUUUGCAGAACAGAAUGGUGAGGCAUUGCCUGGGACCGAAGGUGGCGAAACUUUUAAUGUGGGGGGAAGUUCUUUCAGUUGUGAAGACAAAAUUGUGUUCCAGCAAAUGGACAACCCCCAAUUCGGGGUUUCAACUGAUUCCCACGAUGCUAAUGACUUGGCUGCCAAGCUAAAUAAUGGUUCUUUUCAACAGAAUAAUGUCAUGGAUGUGGGGAAAUAUAUGAUCUCUAGGCCACCUGGAUUGUCACUUAAUGAGAAAAUGCUUAAGGCACUGUCGUUGUUUAAAGAGUCUUCUGGUGGGGGUAUUUUGGCGCAAUUAUGGGUUCCUGUGAAGUAUGGUGAUCACUACUUGUUAAGCACUUGUGAGCAACCCUAUUUGCUUGACCAUAUUCUUGCAGGGUAUCGUGAAGUGUCAAGGACGUUUACAUUCCCUGCAGAAGAAAAACAGGGUUCUAUCCUGGGCCUUCCUGGGCGUGUAUUUGUCUCCAAAGUUCCAGAGUGGACUUCAAAUGUUAGUUAUUACAAUAAGGCUGAGUACCUGCGGGUGGAUCAUGCAGUUAAUCAUCAAGUCCGUGGAUCAAUUGCCUUACCAGUUUUCAAUUUUGACUCUGAAAUGUCAUGCUGUGCUGUGUUGGAGCUUGUCAGUACAAAAGAGAAACCCAAUUUUGAUACAGAGAUGGAAAUAGUUUGCAAUGCACUACAGGCUGUGAAUUUGAGGACCACGUUGCCUCCUCGACUUCAUCCCCAGUGCCUCUCAAUGAACCAAAGAGCUGCUUUAACUGAAAUAACUGAUGUCUUACGAGCUGUUUGCCAUGCACACAUAUUGCCAUUGGCUCUAACCUGGAUUCCUUGUUGCUACUCUGAGGGUGAUGGUGAUGAAAUUAGAAGAGUACGUGUCAGAGGGGGUAUUACAAAUUCAAAUGAGAAAUCCAUUCUAUGCAUUGACGAAACAGCGUGUUAUGUAAAUGAUAGAACGAUGCAAGGCUUUGUGCAUGCAUGUGUAGAACAUCAUCUUGAGGAAGGGGAAGGAAUUGCUGGGAAAGCACUUAAAUCAAAUCAUCCCUUCUUCCUUCAUGAUGUUAAGGUGUAUGAUAUUUAUGAAUAUCCACUUGUUCAUCAUGCACGCAAGUAUGGUUUGAAUGCCGCUGUUGCAAUCAGGCUAAGGAGCACCUACACUGGUGAUGAUGACUAUAUAUUAGAGUUUUUUCUCCCUGUCAAUGUGAAGGGGAGCUCAGAACAGCAACUUUUGUUAAACAACCUUUCAGGUACCAUGCAGAAAAUGUGUAAGAGUUUAAGGACAGUUUCAGAUGCAGAAUUAGCCGGGGUACAAGGCUCCAACACUGGGUUUCAGAAAGGGCCGAUCCCCAAUAGCCCACAACAGAGAAAUUCUCAGACAGCAUCAUCAGAUAGUGAAUUGAAUUCAAUUGAGAAUAUGCCCUCUGAUGUAUUUAAUAGAAGAAAUGUGGGAAUCGAAGCAGAGAAUCCUCGUGAACAGGCACCUGGAUCAAGAAGGCAGAUGGAGAAAAAGCGAAGUACAGCGGAGAAAAAUGUGAGCUUGAGUGUUCUACAGCAAUACUUCUCUGGGAGUCUCAAGGAUGCUGCUAAGAGCAUUGGGGUCUGCCCCACUACGCUAAAGAGGAUCUGCAGACAACAUGGGAUCUCUAGAUGGCCAUCUCGUAAAAUAAAUAAGGUCAACCGUUCAUUGAAGAAAAUACAAACUGUGCUUGAUUCUGUUCAGGGGGUUGAGGGAGGAUUGAAGUAUGACCCAACUACUGGUGGGUUUGUGGCAACAGGGUCCAUCAUCCAAGACUUUGAUGCUCAGAAAAGUCGUUUAUUCCCUGAGAAGAGCCUGCCUGUUCAAAAUUCUGAGCUAGUUACCCAAGAUCCAGUUCCAGUACCUUCAGUGUCUUGCAAUAAUGGUGAGAGUUUGGCAAUUAAGUUGGAAGAGGAUGGGUGUUGUAUUCCAACUUCUCACGAGGAAGGGGUAAAGAAACAGAAUAUCCCUCUUAUGCCUCAAAGGGACUCCAAGCCAAUUGCAAUAGAAGGAAAUAAAUGGGGUCACAGCAAGAACAGUCUAAAAUUAGAGAAUUCUGACUGUCACUUUGUGUCUCAAAGCUCAAGCUCCUUGGCUGCUGCAGAUGAUAUGGACACGGGAGUCGACGGGGAUGAUGGGAUUGUUGAAUAUAACCAGCAUACUUCUUCGAGCAUGACGGAUUCAACGAAUUGCUCUGGUUCAACUCUGCGCUCAUCAAGUUCUCAGAGCUUUGAGGAGCAAAAGCAACCAAACAUGAACGCAAGCAGUGUUGAGAAUGGGUCAAAAAUAACUGUGAAAGCUACUUAUAAAGAAGAUACGAUCAGGUUCAAGUUUGACCCUUCUGUUGGGUGCUUUCAACUGUAUGAAGAGGUUGCAAAGAGGCUGAAGUUGCAAAAUGGGACAUUCCAGCUCAAGUAUUUGGACGAUGAAGAGGAAUGGGUGAUGCUAGUGAGCGAUGCAGAUUUGCGGGAGUGCCUUGAAAUAUUGGAUGACAUUGGGACACGUAGUGUGAAGUUCAUGGUCCGUGAUACACCUUUUGGUGUCGGUAGUUCUGGCAGUAGCAAUUGUUUCUUGGCAGGGGGCUUAUAA